AUGAUGAUGGCGCAGCCUUUUCCUGCCCAUCAAGUCGGCAUGGCUCACCAUCCGGUGAUGCCUCCCGGUCAUCCCAUGGCCGCAGGCCAACAUCCAAACGCGGCGCAUCUCGCUGGACAAGGCCCGGGUGGGGGUAUAGUGCAGCAGAUGCAUCCUGGCGUUUCCGCUCCAGGGGCCCAACAAGUGACCCAAGGGGGUCCUGUGGUUGGCGGGAUACCGCCAGGCACCACCGGCCCGAGCGCUCAUGCCUUGUCCCAUCUCGGUCCUGCCCAUGGGCAUCAAAUGUUUCCACCUCAACAAAUGGGACAAACCUAUCCUGCCAACCCUCAACUAGUACAACAACAUCAACAACAAAUGUUGAGACAACGACAAAUGAUGAUGCAGCAGCACCAUCAACAACAGCAGCAGCAGCAACAACAGCAACAACAGCAGCAGCAGCAACAACAGCAGCAGCAGCAGCAACAGCAGCAACAACAGCAGCCGCAACAUCAACCGCAGCAGCACAACCAGCCUCAGCAGCAGCAGCCGCAGCAUAAUCAACCACAACAACAGCCACAGCAACAGCCACAGCAUGGAGGGAUCCCCGCUUCCUUACCCAAUGGAACCCAAGGAUUGAACGCGGUACAGCUUGCUGUGCAAUCUAAUCCCAAUAUGCGACCAGUUAACUUUCCUCUUCAUCCUCUACAACAACAUUUACAGGCUCAAGGGCAUCACGGACAACCGCAUAAUAUGCAACAGCAGCAACAAUUCCUUGCUUUGCAAUUAGCGGCACAGCAAAAUCAACAGAACCAGCAAAACGCCCAACGAGGUGGACCCCAACCGCAAUCUAUGCACGAUGGCCAGAGCGGCACCACACAUCCGCAACCAGGGCCUCCAAGUCAAGGCAAUACUCCAUCACAACAGCCCCAGCAAUCGAACCAACCGCAGCCUCCAUCAUCCCAAGCACCUCCGCAACAGGGACAACAACCCCAGCAACAAUCCCAACCGCAGCCGCAAGGGCCAAAUUCUCAAACCCAACCCCCACAACAACAUCCGCAGCCACAUCAAAUGACUCCCCAUGAAGCGCAACUCAGAGCACAGCAGCAGGGUGCCGGAUCCGCAAUGAUGAUGCCUCAAAGAAUGGCCAACCCUAUGAAAAGGUCCGGCGUUCUUCGAUUAGUCACAUUCGCUGAACACCUGAGCGCAUAUUCCAGUCAAAAACCCCAGCCUGGAAUAGAAUAUUGGGCCCGUUUUGUAGAUCAAUUCUUUUCACCGAGUGGGGUCCUACGACAGGGCGUUUGGAGUCCGGAGCAAGGAACCAAACAGUUCGAGAUCUCUACUCCUGCUCUUGCCCGAUAUUACCACACCCAUUUUUCUAGCGGUAUAAAGCACAUACAAAUGAUUGUUGAGAGUGUGCAAGAAAAAGAUCUUCCUAACGGUAGCCAAAUUGUGGAGAGUCCCAAGACGAGUUUCAUUAGCUACAUGUCUAAUGAUUGUCAACUUGUUGCCAACGGCACUUUGCGAGCUCAAUACGAUAUACAUGGUAAACUAGACCUACUAGAGCUCAUUACUAAGAAUCACACAGAGUACAUUCCGCGUACUCGGCUUCAACCAGUCUCACCAGACCAGAAACAGAGCCCGAAGGUUGGCAAAGGGCUUGCUAAGAGAGCACAGCAAAAGCAACCAGCCGUACCCUCAUUUACCGCACCUGAUUCUAUUGUUACCGAACACGGCGUUCCACCUGCUGUUAUGAAGUUUUUAGAGGUGGCAGAGACAAUAUCUCAAAUGCAAACAUUAUUUCAGUAUUCCAUACAACACCCUCAUCUAUCACCACACGAUGCUCUCCGUCAAUUAGUUGCUUCAUUCAACGCUCCUCAGAGUCUUGGAUUCGGCCCAGGUCACUUGGGAGUUCAGCAGCCACCUGGACAACGCACACCGAGUCUUAACGGGCCGACACAAUUCUCACCUGCAGUAGCUCAUCUGGGAUUACCAGGGGCACAGGGCUCUCCGCACCUCGGGGGACCAAACCAUACACCUAGUCCGGCACAGAACAACAUGGCGGGCCCUGUUGCAAUGGUUGCGCAGCAAAGUCAGCAGGGAACCAACACAAGUGGCAGCCAAGGAACGAGCGCUAAUACCAGCCCCAAUGUGAGCAACAAACGCCGCCGAAGCGCUAUCAAGACCGAAGAUGAUAAUGCUCAAAUUGCAGAAGUAAACGGCACAGGGUCGGGCGCAUCCAAGGCGCCAAAAGCUAGUCCAAGGGUUGGCGGCAAAAGGCAGAAAGGCACAAGCUAA